UGCGCGGAUCACGUGAUCACCGUAGGCGACAGUGAGCGUGCAGAUUUCACGUGCAAAAUCACUCGUGUAGUCCGUGAAAGGCACUCUUCUUGUGCACGUCGACACGAACGAAUCGACUCCGACAGUAUGUCCAGCAAACCCACGUACAAAGUUGCCGACCUGUCCUUGGCCGAAUGGGGUCGCAAGGAGAUCACCCUGGCGGAGAACGAGAUGCCAGGACUCAUGGCGAUCAGGAAGAAGUACGGGCCGUUGAAGGUGCUGAAGGGCGCACGGAUCGCAGGCUGCCUUCACAUGACUGUGCAAACAGCGGUGUUGAUUGAGACCCUCGUGGAACUCGGCGCCGAGGUACAAUGGUCGUCCUGCAACAUAUUCAGCACACAAGACCACGCGGCCGCGGCCAUAGCGAAGACCGGAGUGCCGGUGUACGCGUGGAAAGGCGAAACUGACGAGGAGUACAUCUGGUGCAUCGAACAGACCUUGGUCUUCCAAGACGGCAAGCCGUUCAACAUGAUUCUCGACGACGGCGGCGACCUGACCAACCUCGUGCACGUAAAACACCCGCAGUACCUCGCGGAAUGUCGGGGCAUAUCCGAGGAGACCACCACCGGGGUGCACAAUCUUUAUCGCAUGUUAAAGGAAGGCGUACUUAAAGUGCCAGCGAUUAACGUCAACGACUCCGUCACAAAGAGCAAGUUCGACAAUUUGUACGGCUGCAGGGAGUCGUUGAUCGACGGCAUCAAGAGGGCGACCGAUAUCAUGAUCGCCGGGAAGGUGUGCGUGGUAGCCGGCUACGGGGACGUUGGCAAAGGAUGCGCACAGAGUCUUCGUGCUCUCGGUGGUCGCGUCAUCAUCACGGAAGUCGAUCCCAUUAACGCUCUCCAAGCGGCCAUGGAGGGAUAUGAGGUGACGACGAUGGAGGAAGCGUGUACCAAGGGUCAGAUAUACGUGACCACCACCGGCUGCAAGGAUAUCGUGUUGGGUCGGCACUUCAUCAACAUGCCGAACGACGCUAUCGUCUGCAACAUCGGGCACUUUGACUGCGAAAUUGACGUCGCUUGGCUGCAGAAGAACGCCGUGGAGAAGGUGAAUGUGAAGCCGCAGGUCGAUCGAUUCCGGCUAGAAAACGGCAGGCACAUCAUUCUCCUCGCGGAAGGCCGUCUGGUGAAUCUGGGCUGCGCGACGGGCCACUCGAGCUUCGUCAUGAGUAACUCGUUCACGAACCAAGUGCUCGCGCAGAUCGAGCUGUGGACCAAGUCGUAUCAAUACCCUGUCGGCGUGCACAUGCUGCCGAAGAAGUUGGACGAGGAGGUGGCGGCGUUGCACCUGGAUCACCUGGGCGUGAAACUUACGACUCUGACGCCGGAGCAGGCCAGGUAUUUGGACGUGCCUGUGGAAGGGCCUUACAAACCUAAUCAUUAUAGGUACUAGCCGACGAAAUUCGUGUGUACACGAAGAGAUUCACGAAUGAGUCGCUGCUUAACGAAAUAAAUUGUUUUUACUGCA